GCUGGACAGUCUCCACCUCGGGAGGCCCUGGAGCCCAGAGAGCCGCCCCCCCGCCGCCGCCCCCAUCUCGGAGAAGAGAAAGCUGCGUAAACAAGACUGUCGGAACCCCGCGCGGCUUCCUCGGAUCAGCGCUGGGACCCCCUGGCGCUCGUCCUGGCGCCCGUCCUUGCGCGCUCCGCGCGCCAAGCAGGGGAAACAGGCGCCGAUCCAAGACAUCUGCGCGGAGCUCCAAAAGUUUGUGCGAGUGCAGUGUUUUCUUCUGCGGCCGUCGCCCCCCAUGGCGCGCCACGAAGCCGCCCGGCCUGGGGAGGACGGGGAGCUGGGCGGCGCCGCGGCCGAUGGGGCGCUGGCCGUGUCGCCCGAGGAGCUCCAGCUGCUCGCCGAGAUCCGCGCGAUGGAAAUUGACAUGUCGCUGAUGGACCUCCGCGGUCAGCUGGAGGCCCAGGAGGCCUUCCUCGAGCAGUGGCAGAAGGAUCUCGAGAAGGAGAAGGGUGCCCCUCGUGAAGCGCGGGCGAGCCUGGAGAGCGCGCAGCGGCAGGUUGCGGAUCUGCGGCGGCACAUCGGCCAGCUGGAGGAUUCGCGCCCCCCGAGGCCCAAUCCGGCGCCGCCGACGGAAGAGGACACGCAGGCGCCGGCGCCCCGGGCGUGCGACGGGGCCACGGAGAGGGCGGAGAUGACGGCCCCGCUGGCACGGCCUUGGCGCGUGCCGCCGAGGCCGGAGCCGCGGCCACUGCGGCCUGCGGCAGCCCAGUGGGGGGACGCCGCCCUGCUGGGGACCGCCCUGGCCUCUGGCCAAGCCGCCUGCGGCCCCCGCCCCGCCCAAGCUGCCCGAGCAGACGGCGCGGCGCGCCGUGGCGCGCGCCUCCCCCUCGCCGGGCCCGGAGGCCUCGCCGACCGCGGCUGCCGUUCCCGUCAGGCGCUCCAGCUCCAAAGGAGCUGUGGCGCGCACCGUGUCGGGCCAGCGGGCGCCAAGCCCAGGCGCGGGCAUUGGCUACCCGCGCCGCGGCGAUGCGCAGCUCCCGCCCGCCGUGGCGCGGUCUCCGGCUCGGCGAGGCUCGGGGCCCCCGUCGAGGUAGCCGCGGCGGCCGCGCCGCCGCCGCCGCCCGUGAGCGGGAGUCAGAAGCUCCGCGGCGCGGGCGCGGGCCGGCCGGCAGUAAAGGGCGCCGCGUUCUGAGAAAAGAUCAAACGAGAUCACACGAGAUGUUUUUGCCUCCCGAUCCGGGUCCCUCCAGAACUACUGGAGAGCGGCAGUCAGGGCGCUGUGCCAACUGCUGGGCCUCGGGCGCCUUGCCUGUCGGGCAUUGCGUAGUCCGCGUGUAGCAGAAAGCGGCAUAAGCAUCAUUGCUCUAAGGUCCGAACGGAUUACUUGCAUCUGCGCUGCACCCCCUGGCGGCGCCCGGCGCCGCCCUGGCGCGCUCCGCGCGCCAGAGAAGGGGGUCCAGCGCUAAUCCACGAAAGGUUGCGGAUUUCGG